AUGGCUGAAGCAGAACAUGACAAUGCUUUGCAAUGUGAGGACAGAGAAAAACAAUUAGUACGAGAAUUAGUAAAAUUCAAUAUUUAUGGAGAGCAAACGACUCUGGAUGGCAUAAUUGAGGCAGCCGAGAAAAAUUUAAAAGAAACCCAAGCUCGUGUUAAAGAGCUUAAAACUUUGUUCGGAGGGGAACUGAAUGAAGGUAAAAAUUACAAUAUAUCUUGAAACUAUUUUGUAAUAAAUAACGUUUAACUUUACUGCUUUCUGAUUCGCAUUUUAUAGGAAUGCGCAAGACAUUGAGGAUGUGCAUGUGCGCGCGUGUGUAGCGAGAUAGAACGCUGUGUAUAAGUAUCAAAUUGAUGCGAGAUGCCUUUUUGAUGGAGAUGCCUUUUUGAUGCGAGUUGUGGAGUAAAAUCAUAAAACGAAUUGUGGAUAAAGAAUUUAUCUUUGGGAGAGUGAAGUUAUUUUGGUAAAAUAAGUUUUUAACAUGCAGUUGGUUUAUAAUAAUGGUUUAUAAGCACGCAAACGUUGGACAGUUGAUUUUCGCGUGCGCAUACGAUCUACGUAAUACUCUUGCGUGAUUGAAAGAACGAUUUUACGAAAUGCGUUCGAUUCGAGCGAGAACGGCAUUAAGAUUGUGUCAUUCUCUCUCUGGAAUAACUGGAAUAUGUCACGUGCAAUAAAUUUAACCUGCUCCAAAUUUUGACUAUAUUAUACAUAGACUAUAAAAAAUUCAUUAAUAAUUCACGAGGAAAAUACAAAAGAAAUGAAUGUUUAAUCAAUGUUUGUAAAUCAAAUAAAGAUUUGUCCUGAUUUGCAUAAACUUCAGCUUUGAUUUUCUCGGCUUAGACAAUGUUAAUUUUUAAAAUUACUUUGCCAAUGAACUCAUUCGCAUCCGAUCUUUAUCUGAUAUCUAUAUCAGAUACAGAUCGGCUGCUCAUAUUUUAUCUAGUACAUAUUAUACAGCCACAUCGCAAAAAGAGCUACUAACGAAUAAUAGAAAUGAUCGUCAUAUUCUGCUGUCUGUACACCUAUAUCCAUUCGUAUAAAAAACCUGUACCAUUUACUCAAAUGCACGAAUGGCUCAAGACCAGGAUUCAGUACCAGCAACACUGCUGCGUCAUACAAUGUGACUACCAAUGCUAUUCUAGUUUGUGGCGAUGUAAUCCUAAUCCAGGACCAACUUCGAGAAGGCAAGGUGGGACAAAACUAAAACUUGUAUCUAAAUGUAAUCUAAAGACAAUUGUAGAAUCUCCUGACGACAGCGCAGAGAAAAUCAAUAAGUUGACCAUACUGCAGAACGUUGUUUAUGUCGAACAGUAUGAUCAUAUUGUAUAUUUGUAUGUAUCUGCGAGAGCUGGUUAAACAAAUUAAUCCUUGAUAACGAAAUCCUUCUUGGCUGUACAAUUCACAGAAAAGACCGUCACGAUAAUAUGAGAGGUGGAACCACACUCAUCCAGAAGACCGUUACUUGAAGGUUCACAAAGUGAACAUAUCUCAUGAUCGAACUGUAUCCUGCAAAUUACUCGAAAUUUCUACUCAUGAGUUUUCUAUAGACCACCAAAUUCUGAAGCGGAUAUGUUAUUGGAGUUGAGAGAUUCUCUCAAUCGCCUAGACGAAUCAUGUCAGCGAUUUCAAUCUACCUAAUUUGAUUGGUCAUUGGACUUUCGUUUCCCACCUCUCAUGAGGGCAGCUGCAAAGAAAAUGUUUUUUGAGAUUAUUACAGAUCAAUUAUAAUUCCUCUAUCAAAAAGCUGUAGGUCCGACACACGUGCGUGGGAAUAAACUGGACUGUGUAUUCUCCAAUAAUGCUCCGGAGCUCAUCACAAACGUAAACUGCGUAAAUCCAAUUGAUCUGUUUCCAUCUGAUCAUUACCUUAUCAAGUCCGGUAUCAAAUUUUAUUUUAAAAAAGCAAAAGCGGUAAGACAAAAAGUAUACGACUUCAAUGGUGCUGGUGAACAUUUCUUGCACGUUCCCUUUCAACUCCACCAAAUCUGAAAACUCAGAUAUAGAUGAAUGCUGGAAAGUUCGUCCCGAAAAAGAUAGUUCUAGACACCAAUACAUUACUUUAGAUAGACCGGGACGUUGAACACUUAAUUAAACAGAAAUACACGCCACUAUCGCCAGAAACGAACGGAAGGGUGAAAACUCGAACUACAAAAGUUGACACAAGAAACUAAGAACAUGAUUAAACUAAAGCGCAAACCGUACUUAGAAAGUUCUGGAUUCCCUCGCAAAAUCAUCUGGUCCUACCAAAAACAUGUUUAUUAUAUAAACAUAAGUGUUAUAUAGAGUUUUUGGCCACUGAGAAAAUUCGUAUUUAAACACACGUAAAAAAUACGAUAUUUUUACGUGUGAAAAUAUCAUUUGUUGUAAAACGCAUUGCCACGGACGUUUUAUUGUUUUUCACUGAAUUUUGUUUAUAUAAUAAACAGAAAAAUACAUGGGUGCUUGGAAAUACCAGAUUUAUUUCUCACUCGAAAUAAAUCUGGUAUUCCCGCGCACCCAUGUAUUAUGCUCUAUAUCCUUCGCAACAGAAAUUCCCCAUCUGCCAACACGCACAACAAUGCAAUAACACCUCACAAAACGGAUACUUCGCCUGUGUUAACAUGAUUCCAAAAACUGACGAGGUAAUAUCUCAUAUUCAGUCUUGGAGUGCGAAGUCGAGCAAUCUCUUAACAACUUGUACACAACCCUCAUGACGGAAUACCACCACGUCUACCAUGUAUAUUUAUCAACAAUGUUCAACACGGCUUCAUAAAAAAUCGUUCAUGGGUGACCCAGUUUCUAAGUGUACUACAUGAUAUUGGUCAUGAUAUUGGUAAAAGUCUGGACCCCGAAACAAACAAGUUGAUGCGUUAUACCUCGAUUUCUCGAAAGCAUUCGAUUCUGUGGAUCACGGAAUUCUUCUACACAAGCUAUGGUUGCCUCUGCAUGCUCUCCAGUGACGUCAGGUCUACUUCAAGGCAUCAUUCUGGAACCAUUGUUUUUGUGAUAUUUAUAAAUGAUCUUCCUGAUGUUUCGCCCAGUACAAACUCAGGAUUGUAAUAAUUAUAUGCACAGUUAUCUGCAUGUAAAGCGGAAAAAGAUCUUGGUAUCCUUGUGUCCUGUAAUUUGAAAUAAAGCCCUCACAUACUAAAUAUGGUAGCAAAAGCAAAAUUAUGGGUAUCCUUAAAAGAACAUGCUUGGAAAUUACCAACACUCAACUCGGGAGGACUUUAUAUUUGACGCUGGUAAAAUCUCAGUGUACUUAUGGAAGCGACGUUUGGUGCCCUAUAGCAGUCAUCUUUCCAAAAAGAUCGAAGGAGUCCAGAGAAUGAAGAAACGUGGCGAACUGAGUUAUAUGGAACGCUUAACACAACUCAACAUCAUCCCACUUGUGCAUGACAGAGAACAAAAGGACGUAUUCUUGUUUUAAAAUGCAAAUACGGUCUCACAGACCUUGACAUACAGUACGUUGAAACUACAACAGGCAGGACACGCGCGGGCACCUCAGGCCUUUUAAGAAUGCAAGCUUGUAAAACAAGUGCUUUUCAAAGUUCUUACUUCGUUAGAAUUGUAAAACUGUGGAACUAUGUGUAAUGUAUGUAAACUGCUCCUUCCAACAGCCAUGACACUCUCUCCAUCUUUAAAUCAUACCUACACAAGACUUACAGGUACCUCCACCUGACCGCUACUGCCUACACUCAUGACUUCCCCAGCUCACACCACAGCUCAGUGGCUCACACUCAUUGACUAACGAAUAUCUUCCAUGUCACUCAUUCUACCAUUGCUCUCUUCAUCUUCUGUCUGUACAUGUGCUCCUAGCUUUCCAUUCACCUUCCACUUUUCUAUUCUAUAUUUUUCUUGCUCUUCUAUACUAUCUCAUCUAGUGGUGAGCAUCUUGCAUGAACUUAGUCUCGUUUGUGUUUCGCCAUUUUGGCACCUUCUAUAGUUAGUAUUAUCCAUAUUCUUGUUAAAUUUAAUUGUCUAUGUAAGUUAUGUACAACAUUGCUUGUUAUCGUCGUGCCAAAUUAAAGUUGUUAAAUAAAAAGAAAUCAAAUUUAUUUUCGCGUUGCUAUGCAACCAACUCAUUAACUACAGCUUGUGGUUAUUCCGGAUACGAGAAAUACAGAGUUUCCACUUUAUUACGAAACAACACAAAAUAUUCUCUCUAGUAUUUCCUAAUGGCUUACAUCCGUAUUAUUAACGUUUAGAUCAGAAACAUCUUGGUAUUGUCCCGAGUUCCUCGAAAACAAAUGAAGUACCGGUUAGCAGUACCGAGGUUGAUAUGGACGAUGAAAAUAUUCCUGAAAAUAAAGAGUCUAAGUCAGUGAAUGAUUCUCUACGUAAACUCCAUCGACGAAGACGGUACAAAUAUUGUUGCCAAGGAUUACCUGCAAUAUCAAAACAAAGUUAA